UUCCGACGCUGCACGUUAUGGCAUAUUAAUUAGCGAUAACAUUCACACUCUACUUCGACUCGAUACACCCUCUGGCGGGCUCAUCUGCUCGUUUAAUUACUAGUAUCGGCCUGUUUCGCAAUGCUUCUAUAUCCUCUAGCUGCGCUUUUGGUGUCAUUGCCCACAAUAGUGUCUGCAGCCAUAUUUCCUCCUGAUACCAAGGUCAAGAUGUUGGACCCAAAAGGUUUUCGCAGGGCUAUGAGGAGUAAUAGAACGAGCGUGGUUGCGUUUGUCGCCCCAUGGUGCGGGCACUGUCAACGGAUGGCUCCCGAGUACAGCAAGGCCGCUGAGAAUAUGAGUCCACUUAUCCCGUUUUAUGCAGUAGACUGCGAUGCCGAGCUGAACAAGCGGUUGUGCGGAGAACAGGGUGUUCAAGGGUUCCCAACACUCAAAGUCUUCCCUCGUGGUAGCCUGGCCCAGCCUGAGCCGUACGACUCCAACGAACGUACUUCUGGCAAGUUCAUCCGCUGGGCCUCGCGCUCCGUGCCCAAUAAUGUAAAAUCUCUUCCGCAUAUCUACGACAUCCCGGCGUGGUUGGAUAAGACGAGCGACCUCCCACGUGUCAUUCUCUUGAAUAAGGACAAGAAGUUUCCGCUGCUCUGGCAGGUCCUUGCGAAUAACUACUGGAAGAAGAUGGCGUUUGGCCACCAUACAGACCCAGAUGGCGCAUUUGCGACGUCGUUGGGGUUCCCAGCGACUGUUGAGGGAAAAAUAUCAAAGGUCAUUGUGUAUCCACCAGGAUCUAGCGUGCCGGUUUUGUAUGAAGGGACGACCAAGUAUGAGCCGUUGACCAAGUUCUUUAGGUCUAUAUUGGAUGGGUCAGCAGACUUCCUCCAAACAUCACCAGAGCAAUCUGUCAGGGAUGAACUGUAAUUUACUUGGAUCAACUUAAAGCGAUUGACAUCUUCUACUCCAACGUGUUUGGAGUUACCCUUGGAUGUGUCACCAAUCUCACACGGUGUUCGUCAGAGGUCGACAUUCUCGUAUUCUGGCCAGUGUCUUAAUGAGAGGGGAAGCCACGCACAUGCUCACGGACAAAAAAUUGUUUAUGAUUCGUGUUCUAUGUUCUGCAUAACCCCCAUUUCCCGCAGAUAUGGAUGAGCC